AUGGGGCCGGCAGUCUUUGAAGCAAGUGUUGCAAUCAAUGUUGAUAUGACGUUGCAAGCCUCCUCCUCUUCCUCCUCCUCGUCCUCCUCCUCCUCCUACUACUACCUACCUUACUACUACCACUAUCCACUACUACCUGGACUACCAUCCUCCCCUCCUCCUCCUCCUCCUCCUACUAUUACUCCUUCUCCUCCUCCUCCUCGGCACCGCCAUCCCCCUUGUUCCAGGAAUACAAAUAGCGCGACUUUAAACAGCACUCAGGGGGGCGGCGACCCCAGCCACACCGCCCAGCUCGAAGCCCCAGAACCGCAAAGCGUUUCCUCCGCCACGGUUGUCAGAACACCUGAAAGACUGAAGCCCGACUUGUCAGAGGUUAUUAUGUCAUAUAAUACACUCACUUUACAGUUGAACCUGAUAGUCACUGUGUCAUAUAAUACGCUCUCUUAUACAGUUAUUGUGUCAUAUAAUGCGCUCACUUAA